CACGGGUGGAGGUAGGGGUGAUUGACGCGCCAGUCGAAUAAUGAGAGCGCGGUGUUGGAAGUGCCACCGCCCAAUGAGGCUACGGUUGGGCGGGGAGGGGCGGGUUCGUGACAUCAGCAGUGUCGGCGGCCAAUGGGGAGGCCGGUCGCGUCUAUAUAAGGGCGGGCGGGGGCAGGCCGAGCGGCGCCAUUUCGCGGUGGACGAGGGGACGGAGCUGGUCGGGCCGCGGCAGAGAGAGCGAGCGAGCGAGAGAGAGCGCGCAGAGGGGCGGCCCCUUCAAAAAAAAAAAAGCAACCAACCUCUCUCGGCUCCAUCCCCCCGGAGAAGCUCCGAGGGGGGGAAACCCUCCCCGGCCUCCGCAGCGACCCCUGCCUGCGGCCACCGGCGGCGAGCGGCCGCCUCCUCGUCCUCCUCCUCCUUCCCCCCCUCCACCUCCCUCAGCGAGCCAAGAUGGAGCGCGGCCGCUGAUCCCGUCGAUCCGCCGUCAUCCGCCGGCCUCCCCGCGGCUCAGCGCCUCGUCUGCGGUCCUUGCGGGUGCUCCGGGCUCCGAGCGACUCGCCGAGGGUUGUAUCGAGCGCGUCGCGAAGGGUUUGUGCCUCCCGGUGAAGCUCCGAAGAGGGGACCCCCCCCUCCCCUCCAGUACCCCCCCGUUGCAUCCCUUCAGCGCUCGCCGCCAUUUUCGCCGCGCCCGUGGAUGUUGAGGCCGUGGGAGGGUCCCGGCAUCGUCUCCUGAGGGAAAAUUAAUUAGAUAGAGGAAAGGGGGGGCUCCUGGCUCGCCUCCCGACCCCCUCCCCGUCCUCAUCCCGCCGGGGAUGCGCUGACGGGGGGGGGCCCCCACCGGGCCGCGAGCGGCGGAGCUUUGGCCGGGCAAAGUGGGGGGGUCGUCGGAGGAGACGGCGGGAGGAGGAGGAGGAGGAGGAGGAAGAGGAGACGAGGGCCCGCGGGCCGCGCACGGAGCCGUCGGGAUGUUGCAGAAUGUGAAUCCCCAGAGCAAGCUCCUGGGGGAGGGCAAUGCCGGGCUCAUGGCGCUGGCGACGCCGACGGAGUCGACUCCCGGGAAGCGGAUCCGCAAACCUUCGCUGCUCUACGAGGGCUUCGAGAGCCCCACCAUGGCCUCGGCUCCGGCCCUUCCCAACCCUCAGGCCAAUCCGCCGCCUCCCGAGGUUUCCAAUCCCAAAAAGCCCGGCCGGAUCACCAACCAGCUCCAGUACCUGCACAAGGUGGUGAUGAAGGCGCUGUGGAAGCACCAGUUCGCCUGGCCCUUCCGCCAGCCCGUGGACGCUGUCAAGUUGGGCCUGCCGGAUUACCACAAGAUCAUCAAGCAGCCCAUGGAUAUGGGAACCAUCAAGAGGCGCCUGGAGAACAACUAUUACUGGGGGGCAGCCGAGUGCAUGCAGGACUUCAACACCAUGUUCACCAACUGCUACAUCUACAACAAGCCCACGGAUGACAUCGUGCUGAUGGCACAGACCCUGGAGAAGAUCUUCCUGCAGAAGGUGGCCCAGAUGCCUCCGGAGGAGCAGGAGAUCGUGGUGCCUGUGGCCAAGAACAGCCAUAAAAAGGGGGCGUCCAGGGCAGCAGCGCUCCUGGCGGGACUGACGGCAGCUCAGCAGGUCCCGGCCGUGUCCUCGGUGUCCCAGCCCACAGUGUACCCCCCCACGACCCCCGAGAUCCCCACAACCAUCGUCAACAUCCCCCACCCCUCGGUCAUCUCCGCCCCCAUCCUGAAAUCCCUGCAUCCCAACGCUCCGGCCGUCCUGGCCCCGCCCGCGCCCACACAGCCCGUGGCCAAGAAAAAGGGGGUGAAGCGGAAAGCCGACACCACCACGCCCACCACCACGGCCAUCAUCGCCACCAGCACCGGCGGCGAGUCCUCCCCGUCCCCCUCGGCCUCCGGAGCCCCCCCGGACCUCCCGAAACCUGCCAAGAUCCCCGCCCGGCGCGAGAGCGGCCGCCCCAUCAAACCCCCCCGCAAGGACCUCCCGGAUUCCCAGCAGCACCAAACUUCCAAGAAGGGGAAGCUCUCGGAGCAGCUCAAGUAUUGCAACGGGAUCCUGAAGGAGCUGCUGUCCAAGAAGCACGCGGCCUACGCGUGGCCCUUCUACAAGCCCGUGGACGCCUCGGCCCUGGGGCUCCACGACUACCACGAGAUCAUCAAGCACCCCAUGGAUCUCAGCACCAUCAAGAGGAAGAUGGAGAACCGGGACUACCACGACGCGCAGGAAUUCGCGGCCGACGUGCGGUUGAUGUUCUCCAACUGCUACAAGUACAACCCGCCCGACCACGAUGUGGUGGCCAUGGCCAGGAAGCUCCAGGACGUGUUCGAGUUCAGCUACGCCAAAAUGCCGGAUGAGCCGCAGGAUGCCGGAGCUCCCUCUGUGUCCACCCCGCUGCCCGUUCCCAAAUCCUCCUCCGAGGAAUCUUCCAGCGAUGAGGACGACGAGGACGAGGACGACGAAGACGACGAGGAUGACGAGACCAGCACGGAAAGCUCCUCGGAGAGCGAGGAGAGCUCGGAUUCCGAGGAGGAACGAGCCAACCGGCUGGCGGAGCUGCAGGAGCAGCUGCGGGCCGUGCACGAGCAGCUGGCUGCCCUCUCGCAGGGCCCCGUGUCCAAACCCAAGAAAAAGCGGGAGAAGAGGAAGAGGAAGAAGUCGGAGAAGCACAAAGGGAGGGACGAGGAGACGAGGGCGAGGCAGGCGCAGCUGCGGAGGGCCCGGAAAGCUGGAGGUGGCGGCGGAUCCAAGAAUUCCAAGAAAUCCGCCAAACCUGCCUUGCCAGCCCCUCCAUCCCUCUACGAUUCCGAGGAAGAGGAGGAAUCCAAACCCAUGACCUACGACGAGAAGCGUCAGCUGAGCCUGGACAUCAACAAACUUCCCGGGGAAAAACUGGGAAGGGUGGUGCACAUCAUCCAAUCCCGGGAGCCUUCCCUGCGGGAUUCCAAUCCCGAGGAAAUUGAGAUCGACUUCGAGACCCUCAAACCCUCCACGCUGAGGGAGCUGGAGCGUUACGUCCUGUCCUGCCUCCGGAAAAAACCCCGGAAACCCUACAGCGAGACCAUGAAGAAGCCGGUGGGGAAGACGAAAGAGGAGCUGGCGCUGGAGAAGAAGAGGGAGCUGGAAAAGCGUCUCCAGGACGUCAGUGGGCAGCUGAACUCGGCCAAGAAACCCCCCAAGAAGGCCAAUGAGAAGCCGGAAUCCGCCCAACAAGUGGCAGCUUCCCGACUUUCUGCCUCCAGCUCCAGCUCUGAUUCCAGCAGCUCCAGCUCCUCCUCCUCC